GUCCUGCGACGCCCAUGUUCUCGGCUACACCGUGCUGUUCGUUCCUCAAGACUUGGUUCAGGCUCCCUAAAAAAUAAGUCUUACACGUAUUCAAUCGCUUUUCAAGGACAUACGAUGUGGUCGAAACUGACCAACGCAAUCAAGCGACCUGGUACGCCAGGUCUGAAUCCCGACGAUACUGGAUCCUCCCUACACCCACACGUAAUGGAUGGUGUCUAUGAGCGACACCCGAAUCUAUCUGUCUUCCAUGAAGAUACUUCUGAAGUUCCGUUUCCUUCGCCCAGCCCGCCACCAUCACCUUCGAAACGCAAAGGCCUCCUCAAACGAAUAUCCACUAACCCCUUCGCCGAACAUGAGACAGGUUCACAACCGUCCUCGCUCCGGAUUCCUAUUGGCCUACCGAAGAAAGUAAAGUCAUCUAUUCAUAGUACUUCCAGUGGUUCUGAAAUCUCAUUACAUCGAUCUCCAGAUACAGCUUUUCAUCCCUCAGAAGACACCGCCCGCCCUUCGACUGAUAGUGCACGCCCUCCGAACACACCCGUUACUGAGUCCAGGCUUGGUUCCCUGCGUGCCAUCUUGAAACCUGGAAACUCAUCAGCAGGUUCCGAAUCAUUACAACGUUCGACUGAUCCCACAGCUCGUCCGUAUGAAGAUUUAAGCAGACCAUCAACGGACGCAGCCCACCCUCCGCUUACACCCAUCACAGAGUCCAAGUUCGCCUCCAUACGAUCUAUCUUAAAGCCCGGUAAUACACCUGGCACAGGCCAGAGCGUUCGUUUCUUUUCCAGAGACGCAUACAAAGUCAUUACUCCUGACAUCUCUAGUGCAAGCGAGAUGGAGGAUCCAUCCAUCAUGAACAGGUUGCGUCGAGGUCCUGUUGGGCGUCCGAGUGCCCAAGAGGUCUUUAGUCCUCCGCAGGCUCCACCCACACCUAUCUCACCCACGGGUGCGGAGUCGUUAAUGCUGCCCGUGCCGCCACCUGAACUGGGCAACAUCUUUGAUCUUUCGUCUGAUAAGGAGUUGCCAACCAUACCUGCGACUGGAGGAACUUCUCUGCUGGACUCCGCCAUUGAGAUCUCUGAAGCGGAAGACCGGGGGACAGAUCUUGCAAUAGAUCAUUCACCUGAGCAACCCGAACAUGCCAUUACGCCAUUCAAGGACAUCUUGCAAUCGAACACGGGCAGAUCGACACCUACACACGACCGAAGCCAGUCUUUCAGCUUCGGUCAAACUGUCUUCCAUUCUUUGGUUGCCCAAUCCACACCUUCAGAUUCGGUAAAGGACCAUGGGAAACCUUUCAAUGGGAAUCGGAAUCGAGCGUUGAGUGACACAGUCUUCCAUUCCAUGGUUCAGUCCCCGCCGAGUACGGCGACUGACAGCAAACAGCCUGAGGCGGACAUUAACGACACCUCGACUGCCCUCGUGGUGAUGGGCUCACCUGAGAAGGAGAAAGAUCCUUUCGGCGCGCAUGCUACAACCUACUACACUCCCGGAACCAUGCUUCCCCCAUCUCCGCCGAUUUCUACGCAUACACGCAAGGCGUCGCGCGAGGAGGACAUCAUUUGGUCCCUUCGUACACAGCUUGCUCUUCAGUCGGAGCUUUGUGCCCAGUAUGAGCUUGACUUGGGUGCACGAGACGAGCUGGUGCAGACUCUGAACGCGAGGCUGACAGAGUCAGAGAGGGAGUGUGAGCGCCGAAAGAAUGUCGUUCGCAACUGGCGCAAGCGUGUCAGUGAGUUGGAGAAGUGUGUUCGUGGACUUGAAGAGGAAGUUGACCGCAGCCGUGAGGAAAGCAUGGAGAGAAGUGUCAUGGACGAGGCGAGUGGUGAGGCGUUGAGGAUGCUACACCGACGUAUUGGUGACCUUGAGCGGGAGAAGGCCGACACCGAUCGUCGCGAGAACGAAAUGAGAGAGGAGUUACAAGUCAAGCUUGCGGAACUGGAGAAUGUGAAGAACGAGUUAAAGAGACGUGACCAGAGUGAACGCGAGCUGAAGGCCGGCAUCAGGGCUGCCAAAGAAGAGAUGGAGUCUAUGGGCGGUCAAAGGCAAUCUCAGGCUCAAAGCGAAGAGCAGCAGCAUGAGCUGAAGACACUCUUGGCGAAGUCUGAGGAACACGAUGCUGCAGUUGUCGCCUGGGAAGAAGAGCGGACUGCCCUCCUGGCAGCUGACGACGCUCUGCGCCGGGAUCACCUUGACCUUCAACAACAGCUCACGGAUGCUCGUGAGGAAAUUGUGCGAAAAGAAGAGGAGAUCGCUGUCUUGCGCUCUGAACUCGAGGCUCAGUGGAAACAUACUGAGAAGUCUGGGGAACAGUUGGAGAAGUUGGGACGGGAGAGAGACGCAUUGAAAAGCGAAGUCGACACUCUGAAUGAACGGAUCUCUAGUAUGGAGUUGGAGUGGAAUGAGAACGAAAACAGGAAGGCCGAAGUGGAGAGCGAACUUCAAGAGGCUUGGAAUGCCAGGGAAGAGCUCGAGAGAGAAAAGGAAGAGCUCGAGUCGCACCUCCGUUCUGAAGAGGAACACGCCGAUGAACUGACUCGCGCUCUGCAGGAACGUGAAGACCGCGUCACCGAGCUAACCCAAGAACGCCAGUACGCAAUGGACAGUGUCAAUCGUCUACAAGAGUCCAUCCGUCAGCGUGACACCGAGAUCGCAUCAUACACUUCACGUAUCCGUGAGCGUGAACUCGAAGUGGAGGAAUUGCACGAGGAGAUCAGUCGUAUCAAGCGUGAACACGCACGUACGGUCGAUGAACAGAGUCGCAAAAUCUCCGAAGUUGUCGCUCGCGAAGUUGAAGCCCGCGCCAAUAUGGAACAUAUGCUCCGAGGCAAGGCUGAGACCGACGUUAUGCAGGAUACUCUGAAAGACCGAGUAACUUCGCUUCAACAAGAAGUGGAAAAGCUCAGAAGACAGGUGCACGAGUUACAGCAGGAAAGUGCAGACAAGGAAGUCAAACUUGCGCAACUUGCUAAACAGCGUGCCCAAGAUAAAGAGGACCUGCAGGGUCUGAAUAUCGCUCUUGAUUCUAAGCAGCAGGAGCUUGAACUGCUGAAAAGGCGGGUUGCCACUCGUGGUUCCGCCAACAAUACUCCUGCCACCACAUCCAAGGCACCCUUUCGCCGUGAAUCCUCUAUCUUCGGUACCCCGAGUGUCUCUCGACCUCCUUCAGUCUUGUCCGACAGUGGGAGCAUCACGAAGGAGCGCAAGCUUAGCGAUCCGCCCUCUGCUGCUGGGAAGACUACCCUCGCUCGUAGUGUUCGUCAGAACGCCUCCGCUUCUACUGUAGGUUCCUCUACUACUCAGAAGCGAGUGGAGGGCUCUAUGGGACCACCACCUUUGAGACGUGCUUCAUCACUUGCCCAAUCAACUACAUCGUCCGCUACUCCCACAAGGAUCCCUUCCACGGGAUCUUCCACCUUUACUCGCUCGACUUCUGUGACACCCACGGCAAAAGCUGUUGCUGCCCGUCGAGGAUCUAUGUCACAUGUACCUUCGAGGCUGAAACCUGGCAUAUCAAGUCGUGAAUCCCUCAAGGCGCAUAGUGUAAGCUCAGUGAGCGAGGAAGACGAGAAGGAGAACAUCUCGACUCCCGUCUCAAAGCCACAACGACGCAUGGUACCUGCCUGAACGCAAUGUCUGCAAGUGCUCGUCUGGUUUUUUCGCAUCCAUCAGUUAUGUAUUCGUUAAGAUAUAAACGCAUCUUGCAUUAGGGGAUUUCACCACCCCCGAUUUUAUUCCAUGUAUGGACUUCAUGUCGUCUCCCUUCUGUCUUUCGCACCCACUUCGUUGUUUUCUCUGUUUUGCUUUGUGUUUAUAGUUCGACGCUUUCUUCCCCACACCCCUCGCUCAGCCGUCCUCGCCUAUGCACUCUGGCUCUCGCAUCGUUGCACAUUAUGUUCCAUCGUCAUACCCUUUUGCUUUGAGAAAGCCGCCAUAUGUCAUUUCUUGUUUUUAUGUUUGAUGUCGUUUGUACGAGUAUCAGCGUAUGCCAAAACACUUCGUUCCAUUCAGAGCCCUCUGCGACCAUUGAGGAUCAUGAGAGUAAAAAAAAAAUGUGCGUAUUGUAGCGAAGAUAUCUUAUACAUACUUGCAGUUACGGCCGUAAUGUAGAGAUGGGCAUAUAUGUAUACCCAGUGUGUGCUCCCUUCAGGAACCAUAUACAAUCACCCACGGUCGCUAGGGGUAUCGCUUUUUUGACAAACCAGAAC